AUUCGACGGCACGGCGAAAAUCUGCCGAAAAUUCUCUCUUCCCUUUUCCACUUCAAUUUUUGCGACAAUCGUCGGACGAAGAAAGAAAUCGAUUUCUUCCCCUAAAUUUGUUGUUAAUUCCCUCAAUAAGCCCCUUGAGCUUCUUCGAUCAGUAAAUCGUAAAGAGAAGAAUUGUUUAUCUGACCUUAAGAAACGGUAUUUUUCAAUUCUUAUAUUCCUACAAAGCAGAUAUUUCUAAGAAGUGAAAAGAGAAGAUGGAUACGUUUCCAAUGCCCUAUUUUUUGCACUUGUCCCCUCGAUCCAUUCCUUGCCUCUCCCGCGAUGCAUUUAAAAGGAGCAGCCGCGAAAAUAAGUAUCGACUAUAGGAACUCGCGAUCUGCCAUUAUUGUGAAAGGGCUUUUAUCCGACUUACUUCUGUUUCGAUUUCGCUCAUGGGACAGGCACAAUGUCCCGACAUAUCGAAUCGAUAAGUCCGCGAGAGCACUUUUCGUCAGAUGUGCGCCACCAAUGGAAAAGUUUCGAGGGUCCGAACUGUCUCGAUUUAUCGCCUUCCACCUAAGCUUUCUCUCGCGUCCCUUUUCUUCGUUGUAGAAUAUACACGGUGAUGCGCCCGAGGUAUUAAACUCGGUAGCAAAAUAUCGAUGCUUCUCGCUAUAAUGGCAGAAAGAGAUGGGACUUUUCAGAUCGAUUCCGUUUCGUUAACAAGAUAGCUCUUCGUUUUUUAUCUGCGAUCGAAGUUUCAAUUUUAGAGAGUGAAGGAACAGAAAAAUGAUCUUUUUCCUCGUAAAAAUAAUGUUCAUUGGCCGAAAGAAAUGCUAACGAUCCGUGGAACGGAACAAAGCUCUUCGCGGUUACCGCAGACCGAAGAAUUCGCUAAGAUACGAGCGCAGUUGGAAGUUUGGGCGAUAACACCUCUUCAACUUUUGAUACUAUUCGCCUUCACGAUCGUCAUCGGUCAAUCAAAGACAAUUCCACGUGUCGACGACACCGAUAUUCGUUACAAAGAUGACAUUCAACUCAGGAAACCGUUCACCUUGGAGGAGACAUAUCUAGGGCUCUAUUAUUCGUUUGGCUUCAACGGCACGUGGAUUUCUGACAAUGAAAUCAUGGUUGGGAACAUAAUUACAGGCGACAUUACCAUUACCGAUGUAAAAACAAAGAAAAAUAGACGGUUUUUCAAUGGACUGGAUUUACCACUGCCAUACAGAAUCAGCGUUGCAACUAUUUCGGCCGACAGGCAGUACAUUCUCUUUAGUUAUAACAUUAGACAUGUGUACAGACACUCGACCGUUAAAAAUUACGUGGUGUAUAACGUGCAGAACGGCACAUUUGUAAAAAUCGCGAAUGAAGCUUUUAUCUCCCUGGCGAUAUGGUCGCCGAUCGGUAGCGACUUGGUUUAUGUUCUCGAUAACGAUAUUUAUCAUAUGACUUUCAAUCACGACCAGAAUGUAGUAAGAAGAUUGACGACGAACGGCGAACCCGGAAUCGUUUACAAUGGAAUUCCGGAUUGGGUAUACGAAGAGGAAGUAUUUGGAUCUGGGACCGCGAUGUGGUAUUCACCGAAUGGACGAUAUUUGGCCUUUGCAAGUUUCAAUGAUACCUUAGUAAAGGACAUAGCAUAUCUUCAUUACGGCGCUCCCGGUUCUCUUGAAGACCAAUAUCCUACAGAAGUGAAGAUAAAGUAUCCCAAGGUAGGUACAACAAACCCGAUGGUAUCUCUAUCAGUGAUCGAUUUAUCUGACCCAUCAUCAGAAGCAGUCACCUUGGAGGCGCCCGCUGAGGUUACGAGCGACAACGUUCUGUACUUCGUGAACUGGUGGAACGCAACACACGUGCUCGCGACAUGGACGAACCGCGUGCAGAAUCAAUCCCAGAUAACUAUGUACAACACGCAAGGUGAUGCCAAAUCAGUUUUGUGCGACGAGGAAACCGAGGGUUGGCUUCAACCGAAUUUUCCUAUAAGAAGUCGUGAUUACUUAUUGCUUUUACGGCGGGAGCCUUCUGGCACCAGCGCGGGCAGAUUCCGUCAUAUAAACAGGUACGAAUAUAAGGACGGCCAGUUUGUUAUGCCGGUGGAUUUAACGCCCGGUCCCUCCGAGGUUCACACGAUCCUGGCAGCCGAUUCGCCCAGAGGCAGAGUUUACUAUCUCGCCACGGCGCCGGGUGAACCGUCGCAGAGGAAUUUGUAUUCGGUGCCUCUGGAUGGGAGCCAGAAACCGACUUGCAUAUCCUGCGAGCUGCUCACGCCGGAAGGAAACAAGUGCACUUACGCGACCGCGUCUUUUUCGAGCCGGAGAUCGUACUAUUCCCUCGUCUGUUCCGGGCCCGAUCCGACUACGGUGACGAUUAACGACGAGAAGCAUCGGCCAGUCUUGACUUGGAAUCUUAACCCGGUGUCGAGGAUGCUUUUGUCGCGACGACUGCUACCGCAACGAAAAGAUUUCAACGUCACCGUGAACGGCUACGACUGCAAAGUCAGGUUGCUCCUGCCGCCAGAUUUCGACGAAAGCAAAUCGUAUUCCUUGUUGGUAUUCGUCUACGCCGGUCCAAACACGGUCAAGAUCGUCGAUGAAGCCAGGAUCGGAUUCGAGCAUUAUCUCACGACCAAUCGAAGUAUAGUCCACGCCUGGAUCGAUGUACGAGGAUCGGCCUAUAAGGGCAGCAACAUGCUCUUCGAGAUAUACCGAAAGAUAGGCACCGUAGAGAUUGAAGAUACGAUCGCUGUCACCGCAAUUCUGCAGAAGCAAUACAAAUGGAUCGAUGCGAACAGGACUGGCAUAUGGGGUUGGAGCUACGGUGGCUUCACCACUGGCAUGGCGCUGGCCCAGGAUACCGACUCCGUCUUCAAGUGCGGUAUAUCCGUCGCACCUGUGUCUUCCUGGAUCUAUUACGAUUCCAUCUACACGGAACGAUUCAUGGGGCUGCCGACUGUGGAGGACAAUCUCAUCGGUUACGAUCGCACGGAUAUCUCGCGACGAUCGGAGGGAAUACGCGGCAAAAAGUACAUGCUGAUACACGGUACCGGGGACGACAACGUGCACUACCAGCAAGCGAUGGCGCUCGCCAAGUCGCUCGAGCGUAAUGACAUCCUGUUCCAACAAGUCACGUACACGGACGAGGCGCACUCUCUCGAGCACGUGGCGCCUCACCUCUAUCACACAAUGGACAAAUUUUGGGGCGAGUGCUUCGGGUGGGAUUAGCUUCGCUAAUCGGUCUCGCCGAAGACGAGAAUCGUCCUCGCGGCUAUACAAACUCGUUCGCGCCAGUAUCUUAAUGACACGAGAAACGCAAUCGGCGUGAACCGAGAAUAAUCGAAGAUUUAUUUUGAAUUCGUUCAGAUUUGAUUCUGAUUAGUUUUACAUUGAUUCGACGUGAAAGAAUUACCCCAGCGUGCCUCUAUUAAUAUUAAUGGCGUCAAAGUGCUUAUCAUUAAGAUUAAGGGUGGCUAUUCUGGGACACUUCGCCUUGACCUUAAUCUCAAAAAUGUCGACGGUAGCAAUGGAAAGUAUUGUAAGUAAACUUUGACGCAAUGUGAACAUUUUUAUCAGCAAUUAAAGAAAGGGUUCGUAUAAAAAUAUAUUGUUUGAGAAAGAAAUAAAACUUCUUUGCAGGUAUAUAAAUACAACUUCAUGCAGAUAUAUAAAUUCGAAUACAAUUCUGUAUUUCUAUAAUUUUUAGAAGGCUAACUUAUAAAUUAUCAUACAAAUCAAUUUGUAAAGUUUUGCAAUUCUAAUAUUUUUUAUUGACGUCACCAAUAUAUGUAAAUGGACUGAAUUUAAUCGUAUAUAAAAUUUGUAUGAGACAGGAUUAAUUAUUUAUAUAAUAUUUAAUACUGUUUAAUUUAUCUUCACGUUCGUUUCAUUGAUCUCGAUGGCAAAUCCCUACCAAAGAAAUUUGUUUGCCUGUAAUAUACAAAAAAGUUCCUGUUACUAUUACUAUUUAGUGCCAAAUAUAAAAUUAUAAUUAAUUUAAUAAUUCUUAACUUGUCUGUCGAUCAGAGCGAUGGAAAUUUCGCUCGUGCCAUAUUUCCGAGGAUAUAUUAUGAAUGCGUCGAAAUUUAUAAAAAUAUAUAGAAUAUUUAUGUAAGAUGGAACUCCUACAUAAAACAUUUCUUAAAAAUGUGCCUUUCUUGUCUUUUAUAUCUUUCUAUAAAGACAUCAAAAUAAAGUGGACUUAUCUUUUCACAUUGGACAAGAAAUAAAAAAA